CAACUCCACAGCUUCGAGGCUCGGAGUUAUACUUCUACCAGCUCUUGUUCUAACAAAUACACCACAGCUAUCAUCACACCAUGUCGGGUCUUCUCAAAUACGCGGCUCCGCGUCGAGCAGCCAUCAACCUUGCGAAAACGCGGUCACCAAUUCCGUUCCGUCGCACAUACGCCAAUGAACCAUCUCGAGGUGCCACGACACGUGGAGAGCCCAAUGCCACCAAUGUUCGCGACUCUCCAUCGAGUAGUGGCGAAGCUAGCCAGGUGAACUCCGCUCGUGGCAUAGAGAACAUCGGUGCAGAAACAAAGCCAACAGCGGUGAACCCAGUGUCGAACCCUGAGGAGGGCGGCAUGGGAGUGCAAGAAGAGUCUCAGCCUAGCCAGGAGAAUAUGAAAAGGCCAAAGGAGGAGCCAGAUCACAUCAAGAGACAGCAUGUUGAAGCAGAGGGACAGAAGCCAUUGGACCCAGCUGAUGAUGGACACGGUGCCGUGAAGCGGGACCCCAACAAGUGAAACAGGGAAACACUUCCAUCAACCGGAGCACAAGGAGAGCACCAAUAAGUUUGGACGACUGUAAUCUAAGCUGCAACUCCACCAGUUCCCGUAGACUCCGUAAUCCCACCAUCAACGAUCAAAGACUGCGCAGUAAUAUACUUCGC